CAGCAGGUUACCUGCAUUUACCUGUCAGACCAUCCAGACCUGGCACCACCCACAGUGCCCAUGGGCAGGGACUCCUAAAACAGCUGCCCUCAGCCUAGUCCAGGUGCUCUUGUGCAGCUGGGAAGCCCUGCGGUUGCUCUGUAACCCGGAGAGGGAAAGGGCCAUCCAGAGGAGCUGUCAAAGCACUCCCGGAGUGACCCUGGCAGAGCCGGGGAGGCAGAGCGCUGCUGGCACACACGCUGAACACUGCCGCUCUGUGAGCACACCUCGCGUGCGCUGGGGCCAGGAUGGAGAGCAUUAGCAACGGCCUGAAGAAGAAAGCCACGGAGAGACAGCACAGGGCGGAGGUGAUGAUUGCCGGAGAGCAGCUGAGGCUUCGCCUGCAUGAUGGAAAACUCGUUAAGGACCGGCGGUACCACCUUCGAACAUAUCCCAACUGCUUUGUAGCAAAGGAGCUCACAGACUGGCUGAUUGACCACAAAGAAGCACCAGACCGCGAGACGGGAAUCCGCCUAAUGCAGAAGCUAAUGGACCAUUACAUCAUCCAUCACGUUUGCGACGAGCACUCGGACUACAAGGAUGCCAAGCUGCUGUACCGCUUCCGCAAGGACGACGGGACUUUCCCUCUCAACAAAGAUGUGAAGGUCUUCAUGAGGGGGCAGAGCCUGUACGAGAAGUUGAUCAGUGUGGAUGACUCGAUACUGAAGGCGAGAGAGGAGAACGCUGUGAAGUACCAGAGGACGUUCCUGGGCUGUGAGAUGAUCGACUGGCUCAUCAAAGAAGGGGAGACUGCCAACCGAAAGGAAGCGAUAGAGCUAGGCCGGGCACUGCUGGAGCAUGGGAUCAUUCAGCAUGUGUCCAGCAGGUACCACUUCUUUGACAGCAACCUCCUCUACCAGUUCCGGAUCAACUUCCGCCGGAGGCGCCGGCUCACGGAGCUGCUCAAUGAGAACUCGCCUCGGGCUCUGUCGGACAGCCCAGAUAGUCCCUUCUGCCUCCGGAAGCUCAACCCAGACCAAGGCAACACCAGCUUUCUCUCGGUACAGCCCAACAAGGAGAUAAAACUUGUCUCAGCUGUUCGCCGAAGCAGCGUCACGUCUCUGGCUGGAAGCUCCAACCCCUAUUUCAGUGCUACCCCCAGCUUGGGAUUCCUGCCAGCAACUGAAUGCAACCCCAAAUCAGUGUUAAAGAAGCCUGUCACCAACGAGGAGCUCCUGUCCCCUGGGGCGCCGUACAUCAAGAAAACGCUAACCAUUGUAGGGGAUGCUGUGGGCUGGGGGUUUGUGGUCCGAGGAGGGAGACCCUGCCACAUCCAGGCUGUGGACCCUGGAGGACCUGCUGCUGCAGCUGGCAUGAAGGUGUGCCAGUUUGUUUUCUCCGUGAAUGGAGCGUAUGUUCUGCAUUUGGACUAUCCGACCAUCAGCAGCCUCAUCAUGACGGGACCCCGAACACUUGUGAUGGAGGUCAUGGAAGCCGUGGAAUGAGCGGAGAAUUGUCUGCUCCUAAUCUCUGCUUCGAGAAAUAGCUCCCAAAGAGUGCCCAAAUCUCCCCUGUAUCCAGCCCUGAGCUGGGUAUCUAAGCUCCACAGAGGGGCAAGAGUUGAGAGACAUGCAGCGCUCAGCAUUUCAUUUUAGGUAUCUCUAGGUAACUCCCUGCUCAGCAGGAAGGGACCCAACCUGGUCUUUCACUCUCAGAGAUUGAUGUUUAGCCUGGUAUUAUGAUGUUUCUUAAUGCAAUUGGAAGUUAAUAGGACAGGUCUCAUGGCAUGGACUGGUAGUUCAGGGCUUCAUCCUUGGGGUCAGAGGGUAGGGCUCAACACUGGUGGUGAUCCAGAUCUUGACAGGGACCGCUCGUCAAGUCACAAAUCCAGUGAGACCUGAAUUCAUUUUGUCAUCUAGAGACUGGUAAGUAGCAAGAAGUUGGUUCAAGCCCUACUGUUCUGUGGGAUGCCCCCAGGCAGGAUAUCUGAGUCCCCCUCAACCCUCCUGUGCAAAGAGUUGAGUAGAGAUGCUUUUUUGGCAGCUGCGUGUGCACGUCCAGAUGAGCUGCUGAAUGGUGUUGCUGCCCAUGUCAGAAAGUAAAGGCUGCCCGGUUGCCUUUCCCGAUAUAUGAGAAAGCGCCACCUCUUCUGACUGAAACCUGACGUACUCCAAAGGGACAUUUCAUUUUUAUUUCGAAAGGUCCUUAGACUGUAUGGCCAAUGACUAAAAUUGUUAACUUUCUUUUAAAUGACUGUUAUUUGCGGUAUCUUUAAUGAAUAAGAUCUGUCGAGGUGACUCUCCUGUUAAGCGCAAGCGGUAAGAAAAUUCCCGCACCUGAGAAAAGAAGAUUGGAGACGAACAGAAAAGCCACAGCAGCGGAUGCAUUUCAUAGCUGGUCCUGUCCAAAUCUGUACCCAGAUGAAUUGCAAAAAUGUGUAUUUUGGUGAAGAUGGGUUUUUCACAUUCAGGUGAUUGAUCGCUGAGGGCACUCGCAUCUUCACAAAAUACUUAGCAAAUAUAUUCUUGUUUCUUUAGUGAGGCAUCUAACAACAUACUGGCAAUAAUACAAUAAAUGUCUUGUGUUAUA